AUGAUAGACGAAGAUGACGAAUUUACGGAUGGCGAUGAAUUUGAAGAACUCUCUGCAUCCGUACUGGCAGAUGGUGGCAAGAAAUGUACCAUUUUCCUUGUUGAUGCUUCACCCAAAAUGUUCGAGAAAUACAAAAGUGUUGAUUCAGAAAGCGAUUGUUCAUUUCGAAGAGCUUUGAAAAUUGUGCGUUUGCAAAUGGUCAACAAAGCGGUAACUUCAGCAUUCGGAGAGUAUACUUGUUGCAUCCUCUUAAAUACUCAAAUUAAAUCGCAUUCAAUCGACCAUGUAUAUGUUAUGCAAGAAAUAGAAGAAGUGUCUGCUGAACGAAUCAAAGAAUUAGAUCAAUUAUUAAAAUCAGAAAAUAUAUUGUCAGCUUUCAAGGCCAUAUAUGGUGGACAUGGUCACUGUGAUUAUAGCGAAGCACUGUUUUUAUGCAUUAAAAGAAUGACUUCCCGAACCCCUUAUUUCCGAAAACGGACUGUUUAUUUGUUCACCAACGAAAUGAAUCUAUUUGGUGCAAAUAAUCAGCAUCGUGUUGCUGCCUGCAAAAAUGCUGAUGAUCUUCGCAAUCAUAACACAGAGUUUUUGAUCUUUCCACUUAUUACUGAAAACGAUACAUUUGUAUUCAAUAUUUUGGAGCAGUUUGACCCAGAUGUUGAAAAGAAUUUCACAAAUAUUGGCGAACUGGAAAAAGAUAUACCAAAGAAGCAGUAUGCACAUCGAAAUAUAACAGGCAUGAAUUUCGAAUUCGGAAAUGGAUUGAAGUUUUCAGUUGGAAUUUAUUCUUUGCUACACUCAGAGAAGAUUCCUCAGCCUGCGAUUCUAAAUGCUGAAAAAAAUGAAAUUAUGCAGCGGUCAUAUAUAUAUGUUAAUAAAGAGAGUAAUGAGGAAAUACCAAUACUUGAUAAGGAAAUCAUUCUAAAGCGACAGAUCGGAGGUGAAGUUGUUGAUCUAUCCACAGAUGAAGUCGAAAAGUUGCGAAGGCUAACACCUCCAGGUAUGGUAUUACUCGGAUUUAAACCUCUUUCGUGUCUUAAAAUCACGCAUCAUGUCCGAAGCUCACAGUUCGUUUAUCCUCUUGAAAAGGAUAUUUUGGGUUCUACUCGAAUGUACCGUACUCUUUAUGAAGUUUGUAUGAAUCAGAGGAAAAUGAUUAUAUGUCGAUAUACUCAAAAAACGAAUGUACCGCCAAAGCUUGUCGCUUUGGUGCCACAAGCGUCCGUUGCUGAGGAUAAUUCAAAAGACGAGUUCAAUUCAAAAUUUCGUUACCCUGGGUUUCAUCUGAUAUAUUUGCCAUUUACAGAAGAUAAGCGUGAUUUCAGCGAACAAAUGACUCAUCCGGACGGCGAUUGGCCAGCUGCCUCAAAGGAACAGAUUGAAGUCGCAAAAAAAUUGGUGAAAAAACUUACAUCUGGUUAUUUCCCCGAAAAAUUUUAUAAUCCAGUAUUGCAAAAACAUUAUAAAGUGAUUGAAGCUCUUGCUCUAGAUUGUGAUGAAAUAGCGGAAGUUCAAGAUCAGAUCCAGCCAUAUUUUGCGUACAAUAAUUUUCGGAAAAGGGUAGAAAAGGAGCUGGACGAAUUUCGUUCCUGCUUACUGUCUGAAAGUUGCAAUUCAGAGCAAAAGUGCAGUAAGGAAGCAAAAAAGACUGAUCAUAUAACAGGUAACACAUGGAAUACAAAAAGGAAGAAAUCGUUGGACGAAAGCUUGCUGUAUUUGGCUAGUAAUCACUUGUUAGAGAAGAUGACGGUAACGCAGUUAAAGAAGAAAGCAAUCGAGGAGCUCGUCUACAUUAAACCAUAUGCUAAAAAGGCAGAUAUCAUUGAUGCAAUUGAGAAGCACUAUAGAAGCACAUAA